UAAGAACAAAGGCCUUGCCCAUUUACUCGUCACUGCAGUCUCAUGUAACCAGGAAGUUUUUAAAAAGUGGCUGCACCACUGCACACAGACCUGCCCGAGAUCUGCAAAUACUCAAUGCACCAUUUACCUUUACAGCAAAAAAUGUGACCUCUGAUGUAGAGUAUUUCAUAUGCAGAGGGUGAGAGUCACUCUCAUUCCAGAACAAAGGACUUUUUCAGUGAACAACCUGAUUGUCUUUCACUCUCAUCUCUGUCUUCAUUUUCCUUCUAUAACUGGCAUCUCUGUUCGGUGUCAGGCGAGCUGUGACAUGCCCGUGUUGCCAAGCUCAGACAAUGAGAGAUGGAGCAUCUUCUGGACUCCCAGAGGGAGGGAACCGGCACGGAGGAACCAGCCUCUUCCACUCCAUGUAUCGCAGGCAACAGGCUCAUCCUGGAUGUUUACCUGGAUGGAUGCAAGAGGUUCUUGCAGGUGACAGAGGAACAGAGAUGUGACCUAGCGGAGGUGGAAUUUCUCCGACUUAGCAGUAAUGAUGCCAUGAUAACGUCGGUGGUGACUUACCUGACCAUGUUCAGCAGGCUCAAAUCAUUGGUAUUGAAGGGUGGACAUUUAUGGGAUGAAAUUGGAAAGAGUCAGAAUGGUUUACUGACCACUCUACCCCCAGAUCUCAGCCAGCUUUCCUUGCUGCGCCACUUGGAUCUCAGCUUCAACAGUUUCACAGAGUUGCCACCUUGCGUCACUGCCCUCCAUUCUCUCUCCACUCUCCACCUUGGCUACAACCAGCUCAUGACACUCCCAGAUGCCAUUGGUGAACUGAAAAGUUUGAGGAGCCUCUCACUAAUGUCCAACCAGCUGACAGAGCUUCCUGUGGGUAUCGGGCAACUAAGUAACCUGGAAAAAGUGGAUCUGUCUGAGAAUAAGUUGGUGACUCUCUCAGAGGAGGUUGGAAAUUUGCAGCAAUGCACUGAUCUAAAUUUGUCUGGGAACAGUCUCACAAAUCUUCCAGAGACACUGUGUAACCUGAGGUCGCUACAGAAGCUUUAUCUCCACAGCAAUUGGCUGGUUACUAUACCAGCAGGUCUGGCCAGUCUACAGCACCUUACCCGUCUGGAUUUACAGAACAACAAGUUGCGCUCAGUGCCACUAGAAAUCACACAGUGCUCCUGUGUAUAUCUCCACGGCAACCCCAUAGGAGAACCUGAGCCCUCCCCUCCAGCUGAAGAUGAGAGUCAUAGCUUAGACAUAAAAAGUAUCUAUGUGAAUCCAGAGGACAAAAGCUUUUGUGUCACAUCAGAUGGUUGCUGGGUAUUUCUCCCACAUAGCUUUCACCUUUAUUUCCCUCCUGGAUCCGUCCGUUCCUCCGCCACAAUAUAUUAUCAGAUACUGCCACCAGAAAGGAAACACGUGAGGCUUGGACACCAUGACGUACUGCUCAGUAGAACAUUGGAGCUAGGACCUCAUGGAAUCCACUUCCAUCAGGACGUGGAGAUCAUUAUUCCCUUUAGUUUCCUGAAGUCUGUGCGGAAGCGCGAGGUGGUAAUCAGGACUUUCAGCGAUGUCUCUGGUACAUGGACAGAUCUGUACACAACAACAAAGGAAAAGUCAAUGCGUGAGAUGCUGGCUACAUGUAAGACCUCUCACUUUUCCUGGUUCCUUGUGGUCUCACGUCUUGUGGAAGAUCGCUGUGAAGUCCCAAAAGAAGGGGAGCUGCUUUUCUCCAGUGUGGACCCAAACAUUCGUGUUGAGUUUCCGGCUGGUGUAACAGUGGAGACUCGUACAAUUCGUAUGCAGGUUUUGCCAGUCAGCACAAAAUUCCUUGAGAAAAUCACAGGAGACUCUGAGUCCACAACCAGCCCCCUCCUGUGUCUUUCACAGAGUUCAACAGACAACUUCUUGAGGCCUGUUAAAGUCCAAUUGCCCCUCCCACCAGGGGUAACAGGUGAUACGGUGGAUUCUUCCCGGUUGUUCCUCUUGCACGGUGAUCCACAAGCACAGACCUGGACAGACAUUACAAAUCAGGUUGUGUUGCAGAUAACCCAUAUUUAUGCUCAGUUCCAGGUGGAUCAUUUUUCCUGGUACUGGAUAUGGUACACUACAAAAUCCUAUGUGGGGGAGUUAGCCCAGAAGGUGUAUAAACGCCUGCGUAUGUACCAGGUGAACUUUGUUGCACUACAGAGGAAGCGGGAGCCGGAGCAGGUCCUACUGCAGUGUGUCCCCAAACACAAGGUGGACUCUACAGUGAAAAGGCUGCAAGAUAGAUAUAAGGGCCCGGAGCCGUCAGACCUUGUGGAACUUGUAGAGGGGGAGCAGUUCUUUGCGGCAUUCGAACAAGGACUUAAGCUGCAUUCCGUACGUCCCGAUUGUGUGGAUGGCAGAAUUUGUUUUGUGUUCUUCUCACGUAUGAAAAACAUGAAGGAGGUGUACGUGACGUCUACUGAAACAACGGAGAAAGAUGUUAAGGGACAGGUGUCAUUUUACCGUGGAUCAGCACCAGAAGCUCUGCCCGAGGAGGCCACUAGGCACAGGAGGGGCCCAAGUGACUGGAUGGCAACGCUGCCUAUAAAAUUACCUAAACCUAAAGGCCUGGAUGGAGAAUCUGAAAGACAAAGGAAUGGGCACUCAUUGCGCCCCUUGAAUUUAGGUAAUGCUGAGAUGGGUUAUCUGACAGAAACCAACCUGCUCAGUAUCGCCAGGCAAAUUGGAUCCGAUUGGAUGAACAUUGGCAUUAACCUGGAUCUGACGUAUGGAGAGCUAGAACGUAUAGGUUUUAAUAACAGCAAAGACAUGAACAAGCUAGUCUUGGACAUGCUGUUUUCUUGGGCCCGGAAGAACUCUACUCAGCCAGACUGUGUGCAGAAGCUGGUGGAAGCCAUGCGGAACAGCAAGAGAAAUGAUAUAGCAGACGAGAUAGAAGAUGUCAUUACUUUGGGAAAAGAAAAGUACACACAGUCCAUCCGGAGAGUUGGCCUGGACCAAGGCAACAGCAGUGAAGACUCUGCCAUAGCAAUGAGCCAAUCAUGAGGACACAGUGCAGGCAGACGGUGCAUAAGACGUCCUAAAACUUCUGACAAAAGACCAUAGGGUAAAUGUAAUAGGGUCGAGUUGCCGAGUUGACUUUCAAAAGAAAGAACAUGACCCAGACAUCACAAGGCUGUGUUUGGUCUGGAGUUUAGAAACUAUGAUACCUUUACCAUAAAUGAUAAAGUCGUAUCUCGCAUGGUACAGCAGUUUUCCCAUUUUUAUAAGCAGUAAUAGUGUUUCUCAGUAAAAGCAGCUUACAAAACUGAAUAGAGAAAGCUCUUAUAAUGUGAUAUGUGCCCUUGGCAGCCAAAAUGAAACUUUUGUCUUUAACGGCUUUAAUCUACAAACACCCCUUUCACUCACUCACUCACUCACUCACUCACUCACUCACUCACUCACUCACACAUCUUAAAGUUUGGUCACACAGUUUGAAUUGUACAAAAAUAUUUAAUUGGGGAAUGCUUGCAUUUAAGUUCAAUCACAACUAUACAAUUAGAUUGUUCAUAAGUAGUUAAGAGGGUAUUAACUGGAAAAUAUUCUUUGUGGGGAAAUACUAAUUUCUGUGGUUCUCCUUCAAAUUCAGUGCAUAUUGCAAUGCAACUGGUCUAAUAAAUUGCUAGCCAUGGGUGUUGGGGCCUUUUAAUUGCACAGACGUCACCAUCAGGUUCGCUGGUUAUUCUCAGGAUACCAUAAACAGAUGUAAUACCUUUUGGAUACUUUAGGGACAGGUCAUAUUUUAGAUGCUUGGCUUUGUCCAGGAAUUCAUGUUUGUUUCGCACUCUCAGCUGAUGGUGACAGUGCUGCUGCUAACGUCUGUGGAAAUCGUUAUUUAUCGUCUACAAGGCCUGUACAUAUACCUAUAGAUGUAAGUAUGUAAGAUGCAGAUAUAUUUAUAAAGCUGUAUCAUUAGGAUUUUACUGACUACUAAGUGGAUUGGAAAGCCGUUAUCAUCCAAUGAAAGACACAGCUAUUCUACCGAGGAAAAUAAGCUGUGAAAUCAGCUGCACAAUAUAAAGCAUUCCAGUGAUGGCCAAGACGUCUCUUGGGAUUUACAUUUUUUAGAAUUGUGUAAAUAUAUUUAAAGAAAACAUUUUAUGAUGUCUGAGACAUUUAAAACUUGGCACAUUUAGGUGUGUCAGACUGUAUGUCAAAAUACAACUUUGUGUAUGUAGAUACUGCAUGAUUCUAAUGGCAGAAUGUAAUAAUAAACUAAGAUGUAAAUGUG